AUGAAACUAUUAAAUUGCUGUUUAUUUACUAGCUUUAAAAAUAUAAUAAUUAAUAGCAAUGGAAGAGGAGAGAAAAAUACCUGGAAAAGUUGUAUUAUAGGGGAAUCGAAAUCUGGAAAAACUAGCUUUUUGAAUAAAGUUAUUGGGAACCGUUUCAGUGAGAGCUAUAGACCUAUAUUAAUUAAAAUUUAUAGCUCACGAACUUAAUAGAUUUCUAAUUAAAAUAUAUCAGAAAUCCUUUAAAUUUUUUGCGAGCUAUAAACGUACAAUCGGCUCAGAUUUCUCCUGUAAAGAAUACCAAAUAGGUGAAAAACUUUUAACCCUUCAAUUCUGGGAUACUCCAAGGCGGGAAGGUUUCCAGCGCUUAGGCUAUGCAUUUUGUCGAGGAGCUCAAGCUUAUUUCAUUUUCUUUGACAUAACAGAUAGAUAUUCCUUUGAACAAGUCAGCGAUUGGAAAGACGAGUUUGAGAGCAAUGUGGGCGAUAAUGUUUUUGGAAUCUUGGUUGGAAACAAAAUUGAUAUAAAUAAUGAAAGAGUUGUUUGCUACGAAGAAGCAAAAACCUUCGCUGAUCAUCAUAAAAUGAUUUAUAUAGAGAUUUCAGCAAAGACAGGGCAGGGAUGCGAAGUUCUUGAAAGAAUAGUAGCAAAUAAAAUAGCACAAUAA